AUGGCCCCCGGCGCGAUCCAGCACGAAGCCCCGGCCGUCGGGAACGGGACCGCCUUGAAGCCUACUGCGCGCUCUUUCCACCCCACUGGCACCCCCGAUCCCACCAAGUACCAUGCCGAAUCGUCCGACGCCGCAAUCAGUGCCGAGGCCAAGUUCGCUGCUCACAACUACCACCCUCUACCAAUCGUGUUCUCGCGUGCAAGCGGCUGCUCUGUGUGGGACCCCGAGGGCAAGCACUAUCUUGACUUCCUCUCCGCCUACAGUGCCGUCAAUCAGGGUCACUGUCACCCCGAGCUCGUGAAAGCCCUGACUGAGCAAGCUUCGCGCCUGACGCUCAGCAGCCGCGCCUUUUACAACGAUGUUUUCCCACGUUUUGCUGAGUUCGUCACGCGAACGUUCGGCUUUGACAUGGUGCUACCAAUGAACACCGGUGCGGAGGCUGUGGAGACCGCUGUGAAGAUUGCGCGCAAAUGGGGUUACAAGGUGAAGGGAAUACCACAGAACGAGGCGUUGGUCUUCUCUGUGACUGAGAAUUUCCAUGGGCGCACAUUUGCCGCCAUCUCCAUGUCCAACGACCCCGAAUCACGAGACAACUACGGCCCGUACCUCCCUAAUAUUGGCAGCUUCAAUCCUUCUACAAACAAGCCGAUCAGGUACAACCAUGUUGACGAUGUCCGCGAGGUCCUCGAGGAACACGGCAAAAACACGGCCGCGUUCCUCGUCGAACCAAUCCAAGGAGAAGCUGGCAUUGUGGUGCCGGACGACAGCUACUUGCAAGAAGUGAAGGCACUCUGCGAGAAGCACAAUGUCCUACUGAUUUGCGACGAAAUCCAGACCGGUAUUGCACGAACUGGUAAGAUGUUGUGCCAUGAGUGGAGCGGCAUCAAACCAGACCUUGUUCUGUUAGGCAAGGCAAUUUCGGGUGGCAUGUACCCAGUCUCGUGUGUUUUGGGAUCGAAAGAUGUCAUGCUCACAGUCGAGCCUGGUACGCACGGCUCGACUUAUGGCGGCAAUCCACUGGGCUCUGCAGUCGCGAUCCGAGCACUCGAACUCAUACAGGAAGAAAACAUGGUCGAACGUGCUGAAACAUUAGGCAAAAGGUUCCGUGAGGGACUUCAAGGGCUCAACAACCCCAUGAUCACGACUAUUCGCGGCAAAGGUUUGCUCAAUGCGAUUGUGAUCGAUGAGGAGAAGACCAAUGGACACAGUGCGUGGGACUUGUGCAUGCUCUUCAAAGAGAAAGGACUAUUGGCUAAGCCUACUCAUCAAAACAUCAUUCGCCUUGCCCCGCCACUUGUCAUCACAGAGGAAGAGAUCGACUCUGCGCUUGCCAUCAUCAAGGACGCAAUUGAAGAGCUACCGAAGCUGCAGGGCAAGAGAGAGCAGGAAGUUCUGCCUCCUGGUGAGAAAAAUGUGCACAUUGGUGUUGACAAUUGA